AAAAACACAAAGGGCCAAAAUCGGGUCUCCUUCUACUGCAAGUUUUUCUACAUUUUUAUGCAUUUUAUCAUCAAAAGUUGCAUUUUUGGACCAAAAAUACAUUCUACAGACACUUUUUCGAACAAACAAUGGCCAUAAAUUGAUGAAAAACGGAAAAAAGUAUUAAUUCAAGCCAUUUUUGACACACAUUUCAGUAUGCAGUAUUAGAAAUCAAUCUCCUUAUUGCACUUCGAUCCAACGGGAACAACGAAAAAAGAGGAAGCAAAAUUUAAAGAGACAAAGACGACAAUUAGCGGAUUGUGGAUUGUGUGAACCUGUUUUGCCCAUAAAAGGAAGUGAACUGGUUUUAUCGCGAACGAUAGACGUGCGACAAGUUGAUUUUUUGUCACUUUUUCGCGAAUUUGGUGUGUGAAGGAGGCAGGACAACGACAAAAAAAUGGGCUACGAUCUGGAGCGGUUUCAGGGCGAAGUUGAUAUUGAGCUAAUUUGUACGAUAUGUUCCGGCGUUCUUCAGGACCCAAUGCAGGCAACGCCGUGCGAACAUGCCUUUUGUCGCGUUUGUCUCGACGCCUGGAUGCAACGACAGCCCACAUGUCCCGUCGAUCGCAACCCCAUUUCCAGUGUCAAUCUCCGUACGGUGCCACGAAUCCUCCGCAACUUGCUUGCACGUCUCAAUAUCAAGUGUGAUAACGAGCCCUACGGUUGCUCGGCGAUCCUGAAGCUCGAAUUGCUGGCGACGCACGUGCAAGAAUGCGAAUUUAACCCUAAAAAGCCGCUUCCGUGCGAAAAGGGAUGCGGCUUAGUCAUUCCAAAGGACGAAUUAAAGGAUCACAAUUGUGUCAAGGAGCUCCGGUUGCUCGUCGAGACGCAACAACAGAAACUUUUCGACCUGAAAUCCGAAGUUACGGACCAAAGUCGCACAAUAAGCGAUCUCAUCAGGGAAUUGACGCUCUUUAAAGACUUUAUGCGGGCGAUGCGCUUGCAAAAUCCAACGAUGCGAGCGAUUGCCGACCAAAUGGAACGCGAUGAAGUCGUGAGAUGGUGCAAUUCGUUGGCACGGGCACGCGUUACAAGAUGGGGCGGUAUGAUAUCGACGCCAGAUGAUGCGUUGCAACUCAUGAUAAAACGCGCGCUGAGCGAAUGCGGAUGCCCGCCACACAUUUUGGAUGAUCUCAUGGAAAAUUGUCACGAACGACGAUGGCCACGAGGGUUGAGUUCCUUAGAAACGCGACAAAAUAACAGGAGAAUUUACGAUAAUUACGUUUGUCGAAGGAUUCCAGGAAAACAAGCCGUUUUGGUAUUACAUUGUGACAACACCCACAUGAGCGACGACGUGAUGGUUGAACCGGGUCUCGUAAUGAUUUUCGCCCAUGGCAUUGAAUAAGGCAAAAAACGACUAAAAAUUAGUCCGAAACAUGUGAUAAAUGUUGGCAAAAAAAAAGAAAUCAAUCGCCCGGAUCUCUCUCUUCUAGCGUGUAGAAAAAAAAAAUUCCGAGGGCCAAAACUCGCUUUAAUAUUUUUUUUUUAUUUAAUUAUGCCAUGAAACGCUUUUUUAUAUUUAAAAUAAUUUAAAAAAAAAUUUAAAGCACAAAAAAUUAUUUUUACAAAAAUUUACUUUGCUUACACUUUAAAAGAAAAAAUUAAUUAAAAUCAAAAUUAUUGUUAAUUUCGUAUUUUUUAUCAUUUUUUAUACAAAAAACUAAAAAAAUAAAAUAAAAUAAAAUAAGA